UCAUGAACAGCCCUAUCUAGAGGGGUCCUUGCAAAGACUGGCAAUACUUUAGACGACCCACGCUCCUCAUUGUAACGCGACGACGUCAUGGCGCGACGUGCCGUGCGUCGCUAGGCAGCUCAUCUGGUAGGAGCUUUGCUGUGGCCGAGGCAGUCGGGAGGAGGCGACCAUGGCGGACGUACUGAGCGUUCUGCGUCAGUACAAUAUCCAGAAGAAAGAAAUUAAUGUUAAAGGCGAUGAAGUUAUAUUUGGGGAGUUCUCCUGGCCCAAAAAUGUCAAGACGAAUUAUGUUAUCUGGGGAACUGGAAAGGAAGGACAACCAAGAGAAUACUAUACCCUUGACUCCAUCCUGUUCUUGCUCAAUAAUGUUCAUCUUUCCCAUCCUGUAUAUGUCAGACGUGCUGCGACUGAGAAUAUUCCUGUUGUCAGAAGACCUGAUAGAAAGGAACUACUGGCCUACCUAAAUGGAGAAACUUCCACAUCUGCCAGUAUAGAUAGAAGUGCACCCUUGGAAAUUGGACUGCAGCGAUCCACACAAGUUAAAAGAGCUACAGAAGAAAGUUCGGCUGAGGCAAAGAAACCGAGGGUAGAGGAUGAAGAACGUGUUCGUCUGGACAAAGAGAGAUUGGCUGCAAGAUUGGAAGGCCAUAAAGAAGGCAUUGUACAGACUGAACAAAUUCGGUCUCUUUCAGAAGCCAUGUCAGUUGAAAAAAUUGCAGCCAUCAAAGCCAAAAUUAUGGCAAAAAGAAAAACGACAAUCAAAACUGAUUUGGAUGAUGACAUUACAGCAUUAAAACAGAGAAGUUUUGUAGAUGCCGAAGUGGAUGUUACAAGGGACAUUGUCAGCAGGGAAAGAGUAUGGAGAACAAGAACAACCAUUUUACAGAGUACAGGAAAAAAUUUUGCCAAAAAUAUAUUUGCAAUUCUUCAGAAUGUGAAAGCAAGAGAGGAGGGGCGUGCACCUGAGCAAAGACCUGUUCAGACUACAGCACCCACUGACCCCACAUUGAGAACUAAACAACCGGCUCCACAAAUAUACAAUAGGUACGAUCAGGAACGGUUCAAAGGAAAAGAAGAGACGGAAGGAUUCAAAAUCGACACUAUGGGAACAUACCACGGCAUGACUUUGAAAUCUGUGACUGAAGGUGCAUCUGCCAGGAAGACUCAGACUCCUGCCGCACAGCCGGUGCCAAGACCAGUAUCACAGGCAAGGCCUCCACCCAAUCAAAAGAAAGGUUCACGUACGCCUAUAAUAAUUAUACCAGCUGCUACAACUUCCCUGAUAACCAUGCUGAAUUCUAAAGAUCUCCUUCAGGAUCUUAAAUUUGUUUCCUCAGAUGAAAAAAAGAAACAAGGCUGUCAGAGGGAAAAUGAGGUACUAAUUCAACGGCGAAAGGAUCAAAUUCAGCCUGGUGGCACAAGUAUAAGUGUUACUGUUCCUUAUAGAGUCAUAGAUCAGCCCCUGAAGCUUUUGCCUCAAGACUGGGAUCGUGUGGUAGCUGUGUUUGUUCAGGGCCCUGCUUGGCAGUUCAAAGGGUGGCCAUGGUUAUUGCCUGAUGGAUCUCCAGUCGAUAUCUUUGCAAAAAUUAAAGCCUUCCAUCUUAAGUAUGAUGAAGUUCGACUGGACCCCAAUGUGCAGAAAUGGGAUGUUACAUUGUUGGAAUUGAGCUACCACAAAAGACAUCUGGAUAGACCUGUUUUCUUGAAAUUUUGGGAAACCCUGGACAGAUACAUGGUGAAGCACAAAUCACACCUACGGUUCUGAAAUAUAUAUUUCUGCAUUUGAAGAGCAAAUUAGGGAUUUAUGGAAUACCCUAAGGGUGGAACUGUUGUAAAAAUUGCCUUGAACAACCAACCAUCUUGGUUCCAAGGACUAACUGCCAUAACUUGCAAUCA